AUGAUGCCGGGUUUAGCGCAGAGGAAUGACCAAUACUCUUUUGGCUUCUGGUCAAAGGAAAUCGAUGGAGUCAGCUACAAUCAGCUGCAGAAGUUCUGGAGUGAACUGUCGCCGAAAGCUAGGCAGGAGCUCCUCAAGAUUGACAAGCAGACUCUAUUUGAGCAAGCUCGCAAGAACAUGUAUUGUUCCAGAUGCAAUGGCCUGCUACUUGAAGGUUUCUUGCAGAUUGUUAUGCAUGGGAAGUCCUUGCAUCCGGAGGGAUCAAUAGGAAACUCUCCUGGCAAUAAAUCAGGGGGCUCCAAGUAUAACUCAGUUGUUAGUAACGGAUGUGGGGAUGAGAUGCAAGAUCCGUCUGUUCAUCCAUGGGGAGGUCUCACCACGACACGUGAUGGAUCACUCACACUUCUUGAUUGCUAUUUGUACGCAAAGUCUCUCAAAGGACUUCAAAAUGUUUUUGACAGCGCUCCUGCUCGAGAAAGAGAACGUGAGUUGCUCUAUCCCGAUGCUUGUGGUGGUGGUGGCCGGGGAUGGAUAAGUCAAGGGAUGGCUGGUUAUGGUAGAGGGCAUGGAACAAGGGAAACGUGUGCUCUACAUACUGCGAGGCUUUCUUGUGAUACAUUGGUGGAUUUCUGGUCCGCACUUAGUGAGGAAACUCGACAAUCUCUUUUAAGGAUGAAAGAAGAGGAUUUUAUGGAGAGACUGAGGUACAGAUUCGACAGCAAGAGGUUUUGUAGAGACUGCAGACGGAAUGUUAUUCGUGAGUUUAAAGAGCUGAAGGAACUGAAACGAAUGCGGAGAGAACCUCGGUGUACCACUUGGUUUUGUGUUGCCGAUACAGCCUUCCAGUAUGAGGUUUCCAUUGACUCGGUGCAAGCAGAUUGGCGGGAAACUUUUGCUGAGAACCCUGGAUUAUACCAACAUUUUGAGUGGGCGAUUGGAACCGAAAGAGGAAAAGGCGAUAUCCGCAAAUUUGAAAAUGUUGGCAUGAAAGGGAGAGUUCAAGCCAACGGCCUAGACCUUCGUGGUUUAAAUUCAUGCUACAUUACCCUUAGAGCUUAUAAAGUAGAUGGCCGGUUUUCUGACGUAAUUGUCAAAGCCCACGUACAAAAAGGUCAACACUGUGUACACGGUAGGCUAGUUGUUGGGGAUGGCUUUGUUUCAAUCAAGAGAGGGGAAAGCAUCAGAAGGUUUUUUGAGCAUGCUGAAGAGGCUGAGGAAGAAGAGGAUGAAGACAUGAUGGACAGAGAUGGGAAUGAUCUUGAUGGGGAAUGCUCCCGUCCGCAAAAGCAUGCAAAGAGUCCAGAACUUGCUCGAGAGUUUCUUCUAGAUGCUGCAACAGUUAUUUUUAAGGAACAGGUUGAAAAAGCAUUCAGGGAAGGAACUGCUCGUCAAAAUGCACACAGCAUCUUUGUGUGUCUUACAUUGAAACUAUUAGAACAACGUGUACAUGUUGCCUGCAAGGAAAUCAUUACCUUGGAGAAACAGGUUAAACUUCUCGAGGAAGAAGAGAAGGAAAAGCGUGAAGAAGAGGAGCGAAAGGAGAAGAAAAGAACAAAAGAAAGGGAGAAAAAACUGCGCAGAAAGGAGAGAUUGAAGGAAAAAGAAAAAGGCAAGGAGAAAAAAAAUCCUGAAACGCUGCUGGUUUCAUCAAGGGAAGAAGAAGAAGAGCUUCCAAACAUUGAUGACGAGAUAAACAAUACCAUAAACUGCGAGGAGUCAGAAAUUGAAACCGGGGAUGCAGAUUUGUCUCCACCUGGUUCUCCCAAUGAUCAAGAAGGACAGUGUUUGGAUGGUUGCCCUUCUCCAGGAAUUGAAGACCACUACUGUGACAGCCCUGACAGAGAGAUUAUAGACCUUGAAGAUGAGAACGACUACUGUACAAAUGAUCACCAAAGACCUGUUCACCAGAAUGCAAGAUAUUGGAAAGAAAUGCAAUCUGAUCCUUCUUUGCGGUGGUCAGAUAAACGCAGAUAUUCAGAGAAUCCCUCUUUUGCGAGUAGAUCAGAGGCAAGACACCGUAAUGAUAGAUUAGAAGUGACUUCAAGGGGUUUCAAUGGGUCAAACAGACAGUUAAGAGUGAAAGCUUCAAAGACUAGUGGCGUUAAUGGCACCAAAUCUCAGAUCAGUGAGAGGUUUGACUAUGAUUCUUGCAGUUGCAAACCGAGUAGUGAAUACCGGGCAAAAGUAGAACCUAGCAUCUCUGCAACCAGAAGCACGCGAGACCCCAAAACCUUGCCCAGUUCGGACUCUGCUCCUGAUGCCUCCAAGCCAGUGUUCCGUGGCAACAGGUAUAAUCAACCUGACCAUACCCGUGAGUUAAGACUUAAAAGCAAGGUUCCUAAUCCUUCUUCUACUAGAGAUUCGCCACAUUCAAAACAAGUUUGGGAGCCCAUGGAGCCAAAGAAGUACCCACGAAGCAACUCUGACUCUGAAGUAACAGUCAGAUGUUCAGAGAUAGAAGACACUGGUAUUGCUGAAAACUCAUCUGACCUUUUGACUCAAUGUAAGGCUCCGGAGAAGUUGGAUAAUGCCAAGCUUAAAGACAAGAACAGCAUGGAAUCAGGGGAAACAAAGAAUGGUUGGCAUUUGAAAGAUCCUAUGAUGAGCAGUACGUCGAGUUCAGACAAUUGCUCGUCGUGCCUGAGCGAGGGAGAGAGCAAUACGGUUUCUUCAAACAACGGAAACACUGAAUCCUCCUCCACAUCUGAUUCUGAAGACACCAGUCAGCAAUCUGAAGGAAGAGAGAAUACAGCUGUUGGUGGUACUCAGAACGAUAUCCUCAUAACAGAUACUACUGGGAAGUGUAAAAUCUCGGAAGCUCCUAUCGCAGUAACUGGAAACAUCACGGAUACUAACAGUAACAGUAACAUGCCACAUGGUGUUGUUAAUGCACAGCUACAAGGAGGCAUGUUUCCACAGAUGCUAAACCACAAUCUACAGUUCCCGGUUUUCCAGGCUGCUUCACCAAUGGGCUACUUCCAUCAAGCACAACCAGUCUCUUGGUCCGCGGCUCCAGCCAACGGAUUAGUUCCGUUUCCCCACCCUAACCCUUAUCUAUACACAGGUCCGCUCGGAUAUAGCAUGAACGGAGAUUCACCGCUAUGCUUGCAGUACGGUAACCCGCUGAAUCAUGCCGCGACACCUUUCUUCAGCCCUGGGCCAGUUCCGGUUUUUCAUCCGUAUUCCAAAGCCAACACUGAGGACCAAGCUCAGCCGCCAAUGGAAGUGAACUCUUUGUCUCAACCGGUAACACAGACAGUAAGUGAAGACAGCUUCUCCUUAUUCCAUUUCAGUGGACCGGUGGGUCUGUCUACUGGGAAUAAAUCGAAGCCUGCUCACUCCAAAGACGGGGUUUUGCGAGACCUUGUUGGAAAUGGAGAUACAAAAGCCAAAGAGGGCAGAGAGGUUGAAGAGUAUAACUUAUUCGCAACGAGCAAUGGCCUGCGGUUUUCGUUAUUCUGA